ACCACUUCGAGGAACGAUCUCGACACCGAUACGCAGACUCGGGAGCAUGCCCUCGGACUUCCCCCUAGCUACCCUCCAUCUGACUAAACCCGAACGCCUUAUCGUCGUCGCCUUGAGCUACAUCUACUACGCGCCAGUCGUCUGGUCCAUCGGCCGCAAGUUGACCCACUACCUCUACGAGUCCAUUGUCAGGAUCAGAAGCCGGCUACGCGAGAAGAAUCACAACCGCUAACGCGUCCGCGUUGUUUGUGCUGGACCCACUGCAGCUUUGGAUUUGAAGAGAGCGAUAGAGAGACGGAUUUCUGCUGGACCCACUGCAGCCUUGAGGAGAGAGAUAGAGAGACAGCGAGAACGAGAGAGAAAAAGAGGGCGAACGACAUGGCUAGCAGCGUGUACGUGGUUGACUCGACCUUCCAAAAGACUUUGAUCAAGGUGACGCCUGGGACCUACCUCCGAGAAGUGUUGGAAGAGGCAUGCAGGAAGAAGAAGCUGAAUCCCGAGUCGUACUUGCUGAAGGUGAACGACGGAAAGAAGACGCUGGAUCUAUCACAACCCUUCAGGCUAUCAGGCCUUGCGUCGGGUGCACGGCUGCAACUGGUGCAAGGGAGUCGAUCAGCCAGUGUGGUCAAUGUGGCGCUACAGCUACCGGAAAGUGAAGGAGGGCGGCGUCUGCAAGACAAGUUUCCUAGCACUACGAGUCUGUGGCUGGUGUUGCGCAAGUUUGAGGAUGCUGUCGCGGGAGGAGUGCAAUCACAGAAGCUUAACAUCACACAGCGUGCCACCCCAUCGAAUGUGGGCUCCGGCGCAGGAAGAUUGGAGUACGAACAGCCAUGUCUGAAUGUCAUGGGGCGAACAUUGGAGAGCUUCACAGACCUGCAGAAAACUCUGGCACAAAUUGGCGUCAGUGGCAGUACCAUGAUGCGACUGACGUACAAGCCCAGCGGGAAGCCACUCGAGGAAGCCAUGCAGGAAAUUGGUCAGUAUUUCAGCGAUGCCGAGAGCGUUCAUAGCACAACAGGGAGUGGUGAUGGUGCUCACGCGACUCCUGUCAACGGCACCACGAGCAUUCCUGAUACCACGACCGGGACGCCCGACGUGCCGCUUGGAGGUGAUGCUGGCCAAGAUCCAGUUGAACCACGCGAUGUGCCAAUGGAAGAUGGCCCUACAGCAGAGGCCGUCGAAAAUGACGUGAUAGCAUCCUCCUCAUACACAGAUCCCCAGCCCUCAGACCAUUCUGCUCAGCCUCCUCAGAAAGGAGUCGUUCCUCCUCCAGCUGCAUCAAAUAUCGUAAAUGGCAUCGCCGUGUUCCAUCCUUCCACCUCCACAACCCCGGCUGCUGCUCUUGUGCCACAUGACCCUUCGCACUUUGAGCCUAGCAUCGAUCAGGCGAGGGCAUUGCAAGCAUCGCUGCAGAAGUUUGGCCAGAACAAGAAACUCGCAUCCGACAAGGAACUCGAAGAGCAAGAAGCAGCAAAGCAAGCAGAGCUCUCUCGAAUCCAGACGGUCACUGUUCGUGUCAAGUACCCCGACCAGAGCAUCAUCGAAACACCUGUCCAGCAUACCGAAACUGCUGCAGACCUGUACGCGGUUGUUCAGAACACGCUCGCUCAGGCGCCAGAGCCUUUCGAUCUGAAGUUUUAUGGCGACAAGAACCUGAUGAUCAGUCUGCCGAGGAACAGCCAAAAGAAGCUGGUUCGUGAUUUUGGCUUCCGUGGCAAAGUGCUUGUUACGCUUGUGUGGUCUCCUGAGGCUUCGACCCAGGCCCGGCAGGGCCCGAGUCUCAAGGAAGAAUAUCGGAGCAAAGCAACCGAGCUCAAGGUGGAAUUAGCGACUCAACAGGCACAAGGUCAGGAAGAUCACAAAGCUGCGAUGAAUAAGCCCGAGAAGAAAGAGGCCGCUGGGGCAGACAGGGGGAAUGUGGAAGAGCGGAUGAAGAAAUUUCUUGGUUUCGGCAAAAAGAAGUGAUGCGUUCAGCUCGCUGUCCGGAACACUUUGCGUCGAGCUAGUCGGCUGAUUGCCGACCCUUCGAAUGGGCAGAUGAUAGCCGAGACGCUGAUGUCUGCUAUUCGCAUCAGGGUAACAUUCUAGAACGCCUGCGGCGGAGUGGACUACCUGUGACUACGAAGGCUUUCGUAAAGCAGAACUUAUGGUCAAGCCAGCACAGGCCCCAGAACUCGCCGUCAUGGUGGCAGGAGGCAAUAGAGGACCUUGAGGCCCCAAACUGAUGGUUGCGUGUUGAUAGAGGAAGUCGACACUCACGAUCCCGAGCUGUGUCAAAUCCCUAUCACGUAGUCGCGUCCGGCUUCUUCGUCGUCUCAACUUCCAGCCUCCUCACAUCACCUAAGUUGUGAAGCGCACUCUGCGGCGAGAGUGCUUGCAUACCUAGGUAGGCCUCACAGUCGUCCGAUCUCCAGAUCAAAUACCGCGGUAUCCUUACGCAGUACGUAUGUACAUGUAUUGGUUACGCACCAUCUUAAGAAAGGUAGAUGCGCGCACUGGUAACUUGGUGCUUUCCUCGACACUCGACAGAAGAUAUCGAUUCCGCCAUAUCCACUUUGAGACAAGAGACGCGCCUCGCAAAAGUACCUACCUCCUUAGCGAACGAGAUAUCCUGCUUGGUGAUAACUCUACGUUCGACACAACUUCAAGGUGCCUACCUUACUGCUCUAAGGUAUCGACCGAUUGCUUUCGGCGACUCCGUCUGUUUAACAAUGAGACUAUCGCUGAGCUGAGCUCACAGGCGAGCUUAUUCAUAUCAGCCGACUGAGAAUUCCAAGCACGUCUUGUAGCUCGGACUCGAAGGAUGCAAUAGUCAAGGUAGGCAUGUUUCUCAAGAGCUGAAUUUCUCACUUUUGCGUUAAGAUGCGGACAUAAUUGGGGAGUACAUGUGCAUGUGGUCUGCGUUACUUACUUUUAGUAUAUGGCAUGUAUGUCUUUUGUGUUUGACUCUAUGCCUAGAUAGGGAUGGAUGGAUGGAUGGAUGGAUGGAUG